AUGGUGCGGGUGCCGGAAUGCGCGCCCGCGCGGCUGUCCAUUGAAUUCGACGAUGCUCCUGCUGCCCAGCUCUGCUCAGCUCUGCCGGCUCGUCUGUUCAACUCGAGCGCAACGCUCGCAGUGGUCGCUCUGCCGCCAGUAACCAUGCAGACGGUUCCCAGUCUUAUUGGGACCGGGACUGCCAUUGCUGCAGCGGCCAACGGCUUGGUGUUUGGCCAGCCCGAAGAGCCUCCUCCACCCAACAAGAAGCGACUCAGCCAGCUCCGCAAGGAAAUCUCAUUCGACCGCGAUCUGCCAGUGACGGCCCCCGCGGCUAUCUCGUCUCCUCUACGAUACGAAGCCAGUCUGGAUGCGCCGUCAAUAGAAGUCGAGUAUCCGCCGCAGAGUGCCGUGGCCAGCCCAAUCACAGUGUCUCGACCUCCGUUGUCGCGCUACCAGAGGCCGUCGCAUCAACCUGCCUCAUCACCCAGGCCAAUCCCCGAGAGACGGUCAAUGUUGAGGCAGCGUGAGAGUUCAGCAUCGCCGACGCCAGAGGGACCUAGAGAUUCCACCUCGUCGAGCGGAUCUUGGAUUAGAAGGCUCUCGAUCCGCCGCCCUCCGUUGUCGCGCCAGGGAAGCGUAAAGUCAAAAUCCAGCAUUGGACCAGAUUCGCCCUCGAUUUCUCAGUCGUACACUUCAUCAGCCCCGAUUCUAUCGAGGCCAAACACUGCCGCCAACCCCCUGGCGCCGAACAAGCUUGUGAAACGAUCUCCGUCAGUCACAUCCAGCGACGCUCCUCCUACACCCACACACACUCGACCGAAAUCACAUCUGUCUAUCCUGCGGCGACCAGCGACGAGCCACCAGAGAUCCGCCACCCUGCAUCAUUUCCGCCAGAGCACCGAAUUGACCAAUCUGCCCUCACCGGCGUUUUCUUUUGAUCAGUCACCAAAGAAGCAAGAAAGCCUCCUAACGGCGGCGCUUUCUGCGCAAUCUCGAGGAAGUCGGAGGACGAGGUGGACAUCUUUUUUCCAUUCGCGCACAAGCAACAUAGGCGGCGGUGGGAUUUCAGCCCGCCUGGGAGAGGGUGUCUCGCGUGGUCGCACAGUCUCAGGAAAACGCAUCUCCCCCGGCGGCUAUGAUCGUCAAGAGGUACAUCUUGUUACGCCCAGGAUGGUGUCGCCCGCCUCAGCGCCUCUAAUUGCGCCAUCCCCCUUGGAUCGACGAGAUGAAAUUCGCCAAGCCCGACCUGAGACAGGCGUUCACGUGGACGAUCGAUCGACUUCCCCCGAGAAUGCGACUGAAAGAAAAGCGAUGCGGCCUCACUCAAUGCCGUUCCCUCCCGUGGUCAACUGGCUCUCGAGGACAUCGGGAAGCCUUCGACAGCCAAAACGGGAGACUGAAGCGGAUGGUGUGAACGACCGGCGGCACGUGUCAGCCCCAAGCAAUAGUGGCGCCCAAACCGCCGUGGAGCACGACUUGAAAGCGCCGGCGCAAUCACCAAUCCCACCCAGUCCUCUAGGACGGCAGGGGCCGACGCUGGAUUCAGCGGCCGACUCUCAGCUAACAAUGCAUAAAAGAAGCCAUUCCUCCCCACUUCUCCCCGCCCCUCGUAAAUCGAAUUUUCAAAUCGACGGACCACGCCUGGGAUCGCCUAGCGGGGCGGCCUCUCAUUCAGCACGGCAGCACCAGCCCUCCGGGAGCUCGACCAGCUCCGCUGCCAUGUCGCAACUCAGAGCCUCGCCAUUACAUGAGAGCUUCUCUGCCAACGAAGGCUUUGAAGGCGACGCUCGCGGCUUCAUAUCGGCCGAUGAGGACGACGCCGACUACAAGAGUGACACUGUGUUCGACUCACUGCGCACCGCAGCUUCCAGUCGCACAAGGGCUGUGGAGACGCCAUUGGAUUCUAUUUAUGACGACUCCCCCCCGAGCACCGCAGGAAAUAAUGGUAAGACCAAGCGCCUCUCGAUACAGGAGAUACUGGGUCAUAACUGGGGCGGUGACACCAAUAUCAUGGAAGAAGACGAGAGUACGAUGAUGCCCAUGGGGGAAACUAGCGGAGCCAGGCUGAGGUACUCCAGCCGCCACAUUCUUACUUUGCCUCGCAUCAGCUCAGAGUCGUCGCAAAAUGGUGUUUCCAUUUACACAAAAGAGUUUGGUCGCAUUUCAUUAGACGACGAUUUUGACGAGGACUGGGACGUUGAUGACGACGCGCACUUCAAUCCCUUGUCUCCUCCCUCCAAAGGCAGCUCAAUGAAUUCUCGCGUCAUUAAUCCAAACGUCAGGGUUGCGCUGGCGAGUAUGAGCCUGGACCAAGCGUCCGAUAUGGAUUCGGACGAUCGGCCGCUGAAUAACUUGUUUGAUUGGAGUGAAACUUCUUUUCAUGAGAAGAGCAGUUCAGACGGUGUCCCGCUGCGACCAAAGACAUCUUACGAAAAGCAGGAGCUUGAUGCUAGGGGCGGACGCCCUGUCAUUCGCAGCCCUAUACCAACACAUAUCCGGAGCCAAAGUGUUCCUCUUUCGCACGCCUUGGAUGAGGGCAAGUCAUCUACUGGUGCCAAGUAUGGUACCUGGGGACUAAGCUCGAAGACAGUGAGCGAGGAUUGGGAUGAAGACUUUGAGUUUGGUGGCAGCGCCAAUGGCUUUGGUGAUAAAGCCGAUAACAAUCUGUUCUCGGUGCCUGAAUCUAUCCAGGCGUCGCAGCCCAGUGUGAAGGCGCAUUCGGGGCAGAUCCGCGAACUGUCUUUGCUCGUCAACGACCUCAAGCGACUGUGCCGCCACGGGCGCGAUAUGGACAUGCUCGAUGGCCCACAGAAGACUUUGUGGAAAGAGGCCGAGGGCGUCAUUGCAUUGGCUUCGCCCGACGAAGAGGAUUCUAUAGACGAGGAGAACGAUGCCAACUUUUUGGAUGCCAUGGAGGAGUUUGAUAACAAUGACGGAUUCUCCGAAGAAGACUUUGACGAUCUCUCUUUCAGCAAGCUAGACAUGGCUUUCGAUAUCAAGGAGCCCAUGUCAAAGACGGCUGUAGUUCGUGAACGCCAUUCUCCGAAACGACGAUCUGUUUUCUCCCCCGACGACGACAUCUUUGGUGGCAAUUGGCCGUUGGUCGAUGAAAGCCCGCCAUCCAAUCAGUCCAGUCGCUCUCGAACGCCCGAAUUACGUGCUGAUAGGCAAGAAGAGGCUGCCAAAGGUGCUCGCUCGGUAAUGGAGGCAAUGAGCCGUUCCAUCCCCGACCAGGACACCCCGUCUCGUCCAGAUAACAAGAUGACUUUCGACACGAACAGUUUGAGGGUAUUGGUGAAGAGAGCUGGAGAGCUUCGAGAUUCCUUGUCAGACGUCAUCCGCCGGGCUGAGCAAAUAACGCAGAGCCCUGCGGUUACUCCAAGGCGCGAACGUCAAACCGACUCUAGUCCAGCUUUCACACGCAUGUUUGACGAUCCAGGAUCGAGUCAGUCUCGUCGAACCAUUCGGCAUCGUGGCAACCUGUCUACCUUGCUUGAUUCGCCAUCGCCAAAAACUUCGGCAUCAUCAUCUGCUUCUUCUUCGCCAAUGACCAGACGCUUACAGACUAUGAUUGCUAGCUAGUGCACCGCCGCUCUGGUGUGGAUUUACAACGGUCCGCGCUUCCAGGUCCAUCACUCUUCCAUCGUACAGGUUCAUGGGAAACUCUGUACAGAAAUAAUGAUCUUGUGUGUUUUUAUUCUGUUUGCAUAGCGACGGUUUCGGGUUUACACAUUUAUUCGAUUAAUACUCCCAUGAUAAUGCUCCAGCACAUUCAUCAUAUUUCGACGACUCUCUCCCAGCUUAGAUCAGCACGAUCAGCGAUGCCUUUCUACCAAAAUCAUUUGGCUUGCUGUACGAUUCAGCUUCUUGCUGUGGGAUUAUCAGCAAUUAUAAGGCAGUUCGAUUGCAUUUGCUCGCGCUUUUCCACUGAUAACGCGGACAUCCGAUUCUACGAAUUCAUAUGAGUCGGAAUUAUACGAAAAUUCAUCGCGUACAUAAUAGUCCGAAUGAGGACACUUUCGACAUAUCGCCCGUCUGUUCUUAGGACAGCAAGUAGGGCUAUGCAACAGCUUCAUGCUGUUGAGGGGAUGUGGUGUUGUUUUUCCUUUGUCUUUCAUGACCUUUUAGUAUGAAGUGUCGGUGACGUCUCAUUCGACAAACCGGCUUGCUACGAAAAGAAAAUGAACUUUUUGGGUAGAGAGAGAGGAGGGACUUGCCUCCUUUCUCUUCCACCCACCUAAAAAAAUCCUAAUGACUCUAAUGAGCUCCGAAACAAUCAGGAGAGAGCAAGCCGAUACUGAAGCUCUUUCCUUUCAUGAGAAGAGGAUACUAUCUGCAGCUUAUUUGCUCGCGAGACAACGAUAUGUACCUCAACGUCAACUUAUAAAUUAUAAAAAAGAAACCAAAAAAAAAAAAAGGCCAAAGGAGCUCUGAGUGAUAAAAAACAGAAAAAUAACAGGGACGGACGGACACUCGGAUCGGAAUUACACAGGAUAUACACAGUGGUCGGCAAACGAAGCAUUGGUAUGGUGUUUGAAUCUUUUGCAAAAGCGUCGGCGCAAUUUUGACAAAACUUUGCGCAUUUGGUGAUGCUUUUCUUCUUUUUCUUCUUUUCUUUUUCCCUUCUUAGCCCCUGUUUCCCUCCCUCAAUUACUUUUUAGCUUAACGAGAUGCAUGGAUAGAGAGCUCUGAAUGGCCAUGACAUGAACAAUGACUUGAUACAUGAAGGUUUCUUGGUUUUUUGUGUCUCGUUCAAUUGCGUGAAAGCUUUGGUGCGAGUGAAAUGUAUAUGUUUGAUGUGUUUGUGGUGACUUUUAGUACAUACUUUUUUUCAUCUUUUGUCUUUUCUUUACUCUACUGGACUUGGGACUCGGAUACUGAUAGAUGCUGAUACCUGUUGUUAUAUUGACUUGCUUUUUAAAUAUAUACUUUCGACAAACUACUCUUCCAUAUUAUCAACAUCCUUCCCUAAGCUUCCAAAUACCAUCCAUCUCCAACAAAUAAAAAGAAAAAA